GUUCGAAUUACUUGAAUUGAUCAAUAUAAUUGGCCCCCACACUGACCCUCAACAAUUCAUAAAAACGAAACCCUUGGAUCAAUGGCCAUCGUUGAUGUCGUCAGCCCUGACGUUGUCUGACGAGUGAUGGACAUUUUCGACCGCCUCCCGUGGAACACAGACACUCUCUACUCAGACAUUAUCGCAAUCCUCAUGUUUAUCAUGUGGAGCCUCUUAGCAGACCUGCUCAUCGCUAUCGAGGGUCUCUCCUCAGGCAUUAGGACAACCUUCGUGCUUAUUAAGCUACUCGUAGCAAACCUGUUCACCUCUGUCGAGGACCUCGCGCACACGACGCACACUCUCUCCUCAGGCAUUAGCACAACCCUCCCGUCUUCUACGAUGUUCGUAGAAAACCUCACCAUCGCUAUCAAAUACCUCGCGCAGAAAACCAACACACUCUCCUCCGAUAUUGGCGCAACCUUGGCAUCUAUUGUGUUGCUCGUAGAAAACCGGGUUGCGACAACGAAUGUGCUAGCGCUGGACAUGCAUCACCUACUGCAAGGCUGCAUCGCUCUUGUUGCGUCGUUGUGCUUGUUGACAGUCCUCUGCAUCGUGCGCUGGUGCUACAUAUUUAGUAGAGAGCUUCGGGGUGUGCAGCAUCUCAAAACCGCGUGAACUUUUUUUGCAGUUCUUUGGGGUCAGUGACUCUAUGUUAGACAUCUUUCGUCAUAUGUAUCUUUCCUUCGUAUGUGGGUGGUG